AUGUCCAAGGGCCCGGUAGCGAGCGGCCCUGCCGCGACCGGGCCGGCGAACGCCGCCAGCGCGCUGCAAGCGCAGCCCGAGAAGCCGCAGCACUACACUUACCUGAAGGAGUUCCGCACCGAGCAGUGCCCUCUCUUCGUGCAGCACAAGUGCACUCAGCACCGGCCCUACACUUGCUUCCAUUGGCACUUUGUCAACCAGCGCCGUCGCAGAUCUAUCCGCCGUCGGGAUGGGACAUUUAACUACAGCCCUGACAUUUACUGUACCAAGUAUGAUGAGACCACAGGAAUCUGCCCAGAAGGAGACGAAUGUCCCUUCUUGCAUAGAACUACUGGAGACACAGAGAGGAGGUAUCACUUACGCUAUUACAAAACUGGAAUCUGCAUCCAUGAGACAGACUCCAAGGGAAACUGCACAAAGAAUGGAGUCCACUGUGCUUUUGCUCAUGGGCCCCAUGAUUUACGCUCUCCUGUGUAUGACAUCAGGGAGCUUCAGGCCAUGGAGGCUUUGCAGAAUGGUCAGACUACAUCAGAAGGUGGCAUAGAGGGUCAAUCUGCAGUUGCUGCUAGCCAUGCUAUGAUAGAGAAAAUACUCAGUGAGGAGCCAAGGUGGCAAGAUACAACGUAUGUAUUGGGAAAUUACAAGACAGAGCAGUGUAAGAAGCCUCCUCGUCUCUGUCGCCAGGGUUAUGCCUGUCCAUACUAUCACAAUAGUAAAGACAGAAGAAGGAGCCCAAGGAAACACAAAUACAGGUCUUCACCAUGUCCCAGUGUGAAACAUGGAGAUGAGUGGGGAGAUCCUAGUAAGUGUGAAAAUGGAGACUCGUGCCAAUACUGCCACACUCGCACAGAACAGCAGUUCCAUCCAGAGAUCUACAAAUCCACCAAGUGCAAUGAUAUGCAGCAGUCUGGCAGCUGUCCCCGAGGACCCUUCUGUGCCUUUGCACACGUAGAACAGCCUCCACUUAAUGAAGACCUACAGCAAUCCUCAGCUGUGUCCAGCCCCACGCAGGCAGGCCCAGUGAUGUAUAUGCCAUCAGCAGCUGGUGAUUCUGUUCCAGUCAGCCCUUCCAGUCCACAUGCUCCAGACCUUAGCAAUGUGUGGAAUAAAUCAGGAACUCUGCCAACUAGCCCCACCUCCACCACAAUUCUUUGUAGGAACAGCAGUCUCGGAAGCCCAUCUAAUAUAUGUGGGUCUCCUCCUGGCGCGAUUGGAAAGCCACACAGCCUGGAGAGCAUUGGUUUUCCUCCAGAUUCAGUAACAGCAGCUGGCAGCUACAAGAAAGCACCGGGGUUUGAGCGAGAAGAUCAGGUGGGGGCCGAGUAUUUGAAGAGUUUCAAAUGCCAGCAAGCAAAAAUGAAGUCCCAUUCACUGGAACACAGGAGCCAGGAGCAACCUUUGUUACAGCCCAAACAGGACAUACUGGGUAUUCUCCCAGUGGGGAGCCCACUGACAUCCAGCAUCUCCUCCAGUAUCACCUCCAGUCUGGCUGCAACACCACCAAGCCCCGCUGGCACCAGCAGCAUACCAGGCAUGAAUGCCAAUGCCCUUCCUUUCUACCCAACCAGUGACACCGUUGAGUCUGUCAUAGAGUCUGCCUUGGAUGACCUGGACCUGAAUGAAUUCGGAGUGGCUGCCCUGGAGAAGACAUUUGACAGCAGCACAGUGCCCCACACGAGUGGCAUCAUGAUAGGUGGGAGUUUGCUGCAAAGUUCUGCUCCUGUAAAUAUCCCCGGGUCCCUUGGAAGCUCUGCCUCCUUUCACUCUGCCUCUCCUUCUCCACCGGUCAGCCUCUCAUCGCACUUCCUCCAUCAGCCCCAGGGACACUUAAGCCAAUCAGAAAACACGUUCCUGGGGACAUCAGCUUCUCAUGGAUCAUUAGGUUUAAAUGGGAUGAACAGCAGCAUAUGGGAACACUUUGCUUCGGGGAGUUUUUCGCCCAGUACCUCACCUGCAUUUCUGUCAGGUCCAGGUGCUGCGGAGCUGGCACGGCUACGGCAAGAACUGGAUGAAGCCAACGGCACAAUAAAGCAGUGGGAAGAGUCUUGGAAACAAGCCAAGCAGGCUUGUGAUGCUUGGAAAAAGGAGGCAGAGGAAGCAAACGAUCGCGCCAACACAGCUAACAUGGAAUGUGAACUGGCUCGGGAGCAGAGGGAAGCCUUGGAACUGCAAGUGAAGAAACUACAGGAGGAGCUGGAGAGGAUCCACACAGGCCAGGACCCUCAGUUUCUGCGCUCCUCUGACCUGGAAACCCUCUCACUCUCUUCACUUUACACCCUCCAGAAGCAGUUGCGGGCAAACCUGGAGAAGGUCGAUAAGGCAGUAUUUCAGAUGCAGUCAGUGAAAUGCCUUAAGUGUCAGGAGGAGAACCGCGUGGUGUUACCGUGCCAACACGCCGUGCUGUGCGAGACGUGCGCCGAGGAGGGCGAGUGCCCCAUCUGCCACCCCAACAGGCCCCACGCCCUGCAGUCGUGACCUUCCCAGGACGUUUGUUCUGAUCAUAUCAUAGAACUUUUUAACUUUAUACGUACGUACAUAUAUAUGUAUGUGUACAUAUAUAUAUGUAUGUGUAGAUAUAUCUAUGUAUGUGUGUAUGUGCG